GUUAUUAGACCUGCUGUUGCCAACCACUGGAUGCCAACGGUAAGUACUGUACAUUGCCUUAAAACAUCAAGGCAUCAUUUCCGUUGCUGCUAAGUAAACACGAACGAGAAAAAAUUGACGAGUUCCAACAAGAUAACCAUCUUAUCUUCCAUAUUAGCCCACGGAUCCAUAUAGCCAGAUGUGUUUAGUAUCGAUGUUCACUAACCGACAGUAUUCCACAUUUCAUUUCGAAUCGAACAAGCGAGAACAAAAGAAAACAUGUGCAAUGCAUGUGCUGCCCUGUGCACAUGCUGUGGAAAGAUAACCAAGUGGAUUAUAAUUGCUGUUAUUAUUUUCUUCACGGUUACCAUCAUAACUAGUUGCAUUCUUCUGUUGGGUCCAGACGACGAGCCUUCUUCGACUUCGUCAAGUCCUACAGUCCAAUUUGACUUACUCCAGGACUCAGUUAUUUUCAAAGCUAUGGGAAGCAGUAAAGAGCCGCCAUAUCCGCCUGAAAAUCUCCGUCAAUUACCGAGCUAUCAACAAUAAACGAUUUUGUUAAUUUGAUAAAUGUAACCAUUAGCCUGCUUAUACGGCUUCGAGGAUGGAAUAUAACUCAUUAUACUGGCAGACAUGGUAAAAAUGUGAAGGAAUUGUCAACUAAGUUGUGAAAAAUUCCCUGACGCUGUGUCUUCUUUAACAUGUUUAUCAAAUCAAUAAAUCAAUAUCUGUAUUUGUA